CAGCCCCUGCCUGCACACCCUGACGCCUACAUCAAAUCUGGGUCCCUGGUUUGGAAAAAAGGUCUGGGAACCCCGGAGGCUUAAACAUCCGAGGCGCGGGCACCAUUCCAGUUUCACCAGUGCGCGCUCCCGACACGCACGGAGCGCAGACUCUCUCUCUUUCUCCCUCUCUCUCAGCCUGCUGCUGGGAGCCAGCCACGGAAACGCUCUCCAGCACUCAUAAAGCGAUGCUGCACCUGAUCGUGGGCUUUCCUGCCAAAAACAUCUACCUCAGAUGAUCAGCCCUGCCCUCUCUGAGUGAGCGAGUAUCCGGCCUGCACGGUUCUGCAGUGCGAUGCUGACAGCAUGCUUCCUAUCCGAGGAGCUGAUCGCUGUGCAGCAUAAAGGAGGCGGCGGAGAGCAGCGCGCAUUAUCACAGCGAGCUGUUGCAGCAGGGCAGCAUCAUGGAGGCUGGCUGCGUGGUUGCCGCGGUGAUUGAGAAUGCUGCCUCAGGACCCCAGGGAGAACCAGGAAGUAGUGACGUCCUUGAGAGUGAUUUGUUAUCAUCAACUGACCUUGACAAAGACGAUGCCUUACGUCAAGCUACAAUCAUUAAUCCUCCAGAGGAGAAGCAACCACAGGAGACAUCCACUACCCUGGUGAGGAGCAGUGACAUCACAGAACACCAACCUGAACCCCUCCUGCGCUCCUGCGUCAGCACAGCGAGUAUGAAGGUCAAGAACAUGAAGAAGCUAACGUUCCCCAGAGGUCACUUCCCCAGAUUGGCAGAGUGUGCCCAUUUCCACUAUGAGACUGUUGAUUUUGGCAAUGUACAGUUGGCCUUGGCAGAGGGGCAAAACGAAGGACCGAAGCCUGGACUGGACUCUAAAGAACUUGUCUUUCUGGUGCAGAUCACUUGCCAGGGUUUAAACUGGCUGGUGAAAAGAUCCUAUGAGGAUUUCCGGGUGCUGGACAAACACCUGCACUUGUGUAUCUAUGACCGUCGUUACUCCCAACUCACCGAACUGCCGCGACACGAUACCGUAAAGGAUACUGUUGAGUCAGUCACCACAAUGCUGACUAACUACCUGUCCCGCUUCUCUGCCAUCGCAGACAACAAAAUCAACUGUGGUCCGGUGUUAACAUGGAUGGAGAUCAACAACAAGGGGAACCAUCUGCUGGUUUCUGAAGAAGCUUCGAUCAAUGUCCCGGCUAUCGCCGCCGCCCACGUCACCAAGCGGUACACUGCUCAGGCCACGGAUGAGUUAACCUUUGAGGUGGGGGAUAUCGUGUCCGUCAUUGACAUGCCUCCUAAAGAAGACACGGGCUGGUGGAGAGGGAAGCAUGGCUUUCAGGUUGGGUUCUUCCCCAGUGACUGUGUGGAGCUAAUAAAUGAAAAGAUCCCUCCCAGUGUUCAAAACUCAGUGCCAAAGCCAGUGUGUAAGAAGCACGGAAAGCUUGUUACCUUCCUGAGGUCAUUUAUGAAGUCUCGGCCACCACCACAGAAGCUGCGUCAGCGUGGUAUCCUCAGAGAGCGAGUGUUUGGGUGCGACCUGGGGGAGCAUCUCCACAACUCAGGACAUGAUGUUCCACAGGUCGUUAAAAGUUGUGCCGAGUUUAUUGAAAAAAACGGUGUUGUGGAUGGCAUCUACAGACUCUCAGGCAUCUCCUCCAACAUCCAAAAAUUGAGACACGAGUUUGACUCUGAGCAGAUCCCAGACCUGAGCAAAGAUCUUUACAGACAGGACAUCCACUCAGUGGGCUCCCUGUGCAAGCUUUACUUCAGAGAGCUACCCAACCCCCUUCUCACCUACCAGCUCUACGACCGAUUCUCUGAAGCUGUGUCUGCAGCCACAGAAGAGGAGAGGCUGGUAAAAAUCCACAAUGUCAUUCAGCAGCUGCCUCCUCCUCAUUACAGGACACUGGAGUACCUCAUGAGGCACCUCUCUCGCCUGGCCACCUUCAGCUCUGUCACUAACAUGCACACUAAAAAUCUUGCGAUUGUCUGGGCACCAAACCUCCUCAGGUCCAAACAGAUUGAGUCGGCCUGCUUUAGUGGCACAGCAGCCUUCAUGGAGGUGCGAAUCCAGUCGGUGGUGGUGGAGUUCAUUCUCAACAACACAGAGUCCCUUUUCAGCCCUAAACUCAAUGCUAUUAUAAGAGAAAACACUGGAAACAACACCUUCUCAAGACCAAAGUCUCUGAUGGUUUCCUCCCCGUCAACGAAGCUGCUGUCUUUAGAGGAGGCCCAGGCUCGGACUCAGACACAGCUCGGGUCUCCAGCUACAACCCCCUGCCUUACCCCUAGUGAAUACAUCGAGGUUGGGGAGGGUCCCGAAGCUCUUUUUGGCAAAUUUCACACAGUCAUCGAACUGCCAAUGGAAAGCAGCAAGCGGCCUCUUGCGAAGUCGAAGAAGUCCCCCGUGGGGAACUGGCUGUCUUUUUUCCACCUGGGCAAGUCCCACUCUGUUUCCAAGCGUAAACUGAAGCGACACCCCAGUGAACCUAACGAGAUAAAGAGCAUAGCACUGCCAGGAGGACGAGGAGAUAGCGGUACACUGCGAUCUACUAAAAGUGAAGAGUCUCUUACUUCUUUGCAAAAUUUAGGAGGAGGACCUCCAAGUUACCGUCCCCUUAGACCUCGUUCGACCAGCGAGGCUGUUUCUGCCAACAGUAGGGAAGACCUGCACAACUCCAGAAGUAAAGAUGACCGCCGAGCUCACCAACUGAAUGACAGUAAACGUGAUGCUGACAGAGGCCGCACAGUGGUUUCCUCUCAAAACUCGGAGGACGAUCUUGACCUUUCUCCACCAGCUGUGGGCAUCUCGACCUUAGAUUUUGACCCCAUGUCUUUUCAGUGCAGCCAGACUCCUGCGAUGCAACACGGCAGAGAAGGGAACAGGUGGAGGAAAAGUGUGGGAUGUUCCAAUGAAUCAGAGCCCAUGUCCUCUCAAAAGAACAUCGGCUGCUCGCACUCUCCAGAUGUCAGCCCAGCUCUGUGCAAAAGUGGGAAAAAAGUUGCCUUGAAGCAUCUCUCCCCCAAAGUGAGGAAGAAAUCAUUAAAAAUGCUGGCAGAUGUUCAGAAUCCCGCGCCAUCUUCCUCUCCUAAUGUGAAUAAGUGUGAGGCUGCCGUGGCAGAUGGUAAAGAGCCAAGAGCGUUGUUUCAGCACAGCAGCCCGAUCACUACAACGAGUCAGGCAUCAGCUGUGACAGACCUCAGUCAGUCUGCACAGAACCUCCCUGAUCCAGGAACAGAUAGACUUAUGAGUUCAGUCUCUGUUUUCCCUCCUCACCCUCCUUCGAUGAGUGCUGCACGCAAGUUGGCUUUGGCCCUGGCUGAAUCUGCGCAGAAGGCUAGCAGCGCGUCUCAAAGAAGAAGCCAUGAACAUGACUACAGACUGCAGCGACCCUCUGUUCUUGAUCUCAAAGUGCAUCCUCCAGAGUACCGUGGCCUUCACAUCAGCUCAGGUUCCCAGUGGCAAGCAGCCGCGGAGACUCGCCACUGCCCUCAUCCUGUCCAGUUCUCACCUUCGCACCCCUUCUUGGAGCCACUGCAGGUUGGCGAAGGUCAGGAAAGCGUGUACAAUUUCACUCCUAAUGUCAGCCCGCUCGGGUCGGGGAGCAUGGACGAAGGCAGCACUGAAGGGAGGGAGCACAGAGAGGAAAGAGAGCCAGAGGUCAAACAAGAACAGUACACUUACCAGAGUGUUGGAGUUUCAACACCCUGUCAACCUGUCUGCUCAGCAAGGAGCCCACCAGCCUCUCCCGAGUAUGCCAAGACUGACUCUGUGGAUGCUUUUAAUUUCAGAUCUGUCCUGGCAGAGUCUUUAAUGCCUGCCUCUAUCAAACAGGUCUUCCCACGCCAACUGCUGACUUCUUCACGUCAUCACUAUAGCCCAGAGGAGGACAGGCCACCCGGCAUGCUUGAGGAUGUCUUCAGUAAUCACCACCAUCAUCAACAGCAGUACCAUCACCGUCCGAUUCAUGCAGGUCGAACACCUGUGCCUCACUACCCUCGGCCCAGCGCUCUGCCACCUCACCUCUCUGGGCAUAAAGGCCUGUACAGGCAGUCCUCUGAGAGCCGCUACAGCUCCUUAGGUUUGAAACAACCUCUGUCAACCCAAUACAGGUGCUACCAGAGUGACUUCCACAGGCAACAGGGGCAACGGCAGAGCUCAGAAGACAGAGCAGCAAGAAAUCCGGCCAUCCGGAGGGCACACUCCUUCCAUGCCCCACAGAUCAGUCAUUACGAGCUGGCAAAACCAGAAAUCCUGCCUGUUGAGACUAUGUUUUAUGUGGAGCAGAAGACAAGCCCUGAGGUGCCCUAUCAAGGACUAAUCCAGGCCAGCCUAAACCCUGUACGGACACAAUUUGAGAAAGUAAGGCCUGAACACCACUACAGCCACUAUUCCGACUCUAAUUCGGGAGAUCCAAGAUCUCGUUAUUUUAUAGAUCCCCAUCGGCAAAGUGGCAUCCGUCACCAUCAGACCUACACUGUUCACUCCACAAGGGAAGGGGAACAGUCGGAUUACUACAACUACUCUCCACGCCACGCCCCUCCUGUGAAUAGGGAGCUUUACAUAGAAAGCAGAGACACUGUGGUUUAUGAGGCUAGUGAUGCAGAGGUUUUUGAAAGGGUUGUAUAUCAACCAGUUCAGCAGGAGAGACAUAAAAGCACGUACCCCUCUGUGUCCCCCUGUGAGACUGCAGACUCACCAAGGGACAUAAUGCACACAAGGAGUAAGUCGGACCCUGGAAAUGCCAACUUGCUCUCUGCCCACAACAUGGAAGGCCAAACGACUGUAGCUACAUCCCCAACCUCCACAAGAAUUCGGUCUCAGCAAGCGUACCCCCAGGUCACCAGGCAAAGUUGUGGCCAUCAGUCUGGCACAGAAUUUGGACCAACGAGACGGAUUCAUAUCAAAGAAGGCUACUCGCAGCAGCCACUUCUCCGAAAAGUCCCCUCACUGCCAGAAAGAGGCUGCCCCAACCUGAAAAGCAUUGAGCACAGUCACAAGUGCCAAACGAGAGGCUUUGAACAAAAUCCAUCAAUGCUGGCUGGUGCUGCAAAAUCCAGCAUUCUGAGAAGACCGCUGCGCUCACAGAGCACCAGAGAACACCGUCACUACUAUCAUUACCACUCCAAAUCUCCCCUGGAUCCGGAACAUCUGGAAUCCUUCCCUGCUCACCUCAACAGACGAACUCAGAGUACUAAAGUCAAGCCCACACACCAUAACCACAUGGAGGGGUAUUACGCUGCGCCAAGAUCCAAAUCCACUAGAUCCGGCAAAGCUGCCACAGGAUAUAUACCUAGCCAGAGCUGCAUGUCUCCACAUGGGCAGAGACUGCUGUCCAAGGUUAUGGGUCAUGAAGCUUUUUAUCAUCCUGCUCUCAGAUCAGAGGCUGGGGUCUAUGAGUGAUCUUAUACCACUGCUUUCAUAUCUGAUUCCAUGUUUGGGCCAAAGGACACCUGCACUUUAUCCUCAGCCAGACCAACAAACAGAGUUUUGUUUUAACCUUUAGGAGCUGCUAGAAAUGAGUGAAAUGAGGGUGGUGGGGACUAUGCUAUUGGUACUUUUUUGUUGCAUUAAAUUUCAGAAAAGUUUAAAGGGAACAAACUGGUUAUUUUAACACUUAACAUUUGGAAAUAGGUGUAAGAAGCAUGUUUAAAAAAAAAUACUUUUUAUGUCUGGACUACAUAACAAGGGAUAACAAGGUAAAGUAAUGUGUUUUAAUAUGAUUUUUAAGUUUAGGAAUAUGUAUAAAAUAACUUAUUUUAAAAUGUACUAUACUGACAGAUGUGGACAGAUUUAUUGGCACCCCUGAUAAAGAUGAGAAAAAUGAAAUAAAUUCAUAUUUUAUCGCAGAAGCAAAAUGUCACUAAGUCUUUCAAUCCGGUUAAAUUUAUGCAGAGUUGAAAGAAAUCUGUGUAGAUGAUGACAUCACAGCAACAGAAAUGUGCCUGUCCUGAUGCAGCAGAAGAAAUUCAACUCCGUAACCUUGAUCCUAAUAUGUAUGUACUAUUAGGAAUAGGAACACAUCAAAAAUAGCACAUGUAAUGCAAAGACGUAGAGGAUUAAGGUUCUACAAAAUCCCCUUCAUUUCUUAAUGUUCCAAAACACACAUUUUUCAAUUAGCCAAUAUAUUUAGCCAGAUUGGAAACAAGAACGGUGUUUACAGAACUGCAGGAAAGAGUACCAUUUUGGAGUCACGAAGUCUUUAUAACAGUUUUGGAGGGGCUAUCCAGGAAAAUGCUUUUCUGUCCUACCUUUACAAAUGUAAACAUGUGGAGUUGUCUAAAUUCUACUUGAACUUUUAACUGAAAAUAUAUCCUUUGGUGAGAUGAGAUUAGGAUCAGGCAACAAACAGGCUAGGUAGGUCUGCCGUAAGCAUGAACCGUGACAGAGUACCUAAUCCCCACUGGUAAGUAUGGUGGAGGAUCUGUAAUGCUGUGGCUCUGUUCAUCUUCCAAAGGUCCUGGGAACUGUCGAGUGUAUUGAAUCCGGAACUCCUGAAAAACAUCUUUGGCAUGCCUUCAAAAUUCUGUGAAUUAGUACAACUCAGUGCAGCUGUAGUGCACAAAGCAUACAAUAAUUUCAUUUAAAACUGUUGUCAGAAGUUGCUAAAUAAAAAUGAGCUUUGAGAUAAAUGUUUAAAAAGUAAAUGUCAAGUCAAAUAAAACGCACUGUACAUCUGUACAAAGCAUUGUGCAAGGUGUAAAUCUUUAAGAACAAUUAUUUCUUAAAAUAUUUUUACUAUCUGAAUAAAUGUACUAAAAUGAGAGGUCGGAUUUCUCAAAAAUACUUAGUGCCAUAACAUGCUACUGCAAUAACUAAUGGUUUUAUUUUAUGUCUUCAUCCCUACCAAGUGUAAAUCAUCCCCACCAACGGUGCCAAUAAAUGUGUAUAGGAGUAACACACAUCUAACAUGUGGCCAAUGUAUUGUAUAUUUGUUUUCUAUUCUACAAUCUGCUCAGACUUCAACAAGCACUUUUGAGGAUAACUGUGUAUGAAACACACUGUCUUAACAUGGUGUAGAUGGACACAUAAAGCUUAUAUUUUUCUGUAAGAAGCAGCUUGCUCAGAAUUAUUGUGAAAUGCUAAAUAGCACUUUUCGGGGGGUAAAAUCUAAAGAUAACCUCAUGCUUUCUAACUUGUCAGGGGUCGCUCACAAACUCUUCUUGUUUGAUGCUAUCUAAAAGCAGUAAGUGCUGUAUGAUUUCUGUUAAAGUCAAAGCUAAAUAUGCUGGAUACAAGGCAAGUCAGCUUAUGCUCUUAGAUAAAAGUGUAUUUUGUAUGGCAUUGUGGUUUUGUCAUAAAAUAAAAAAAAUACUUCCUCUUUACAAACUUUUAACAAUGUGAUGUAUUAUAUGGAAACAUGUUUUAUUCAUUUUAUCAAACAUUUUAAUCAAGAUGCUAUUUCAAUUUAAAAUGGGUAAAUGAGAACAUUCUGUUAAGACAUGUUACGAGUUAUUUUAGUGACAAAAAAUAAAGAUAUAUUGUCAGUUAUAA